AGUACCUUUCACUGUAACUGUGUCCUUAUUCAUCUUUUAAUUCUCAGCGUGUCAUAAUUUCUUUCUUUUUUUUCUGAAUGAAUUCAGCUAGGCUUCAUGGCUUGUUAUCGUACAGCGGUUAGACAACUGGGCUAACGAGUUUGCUGCACCUUUGCUUACGAAUGUACAGAGUGAAACAGGAACAUUUGAAAGGAAGCAAAGAACAGGAACAAUGACACAGGAACACUGAAAUUAGCAGAAUGUCUUUCUUUACGGCUGCCGAUGGUAAUGGAACGCACAUGUGCAGUACACACCUGUGCGUUGGCUGCUCUGGCAGGUGAAGAAAAGCAUUUAUUAAAAACAGUUUGCAGCAACUCUAGGAGUUGGGAAAGAUGUAUCAGAUUGUCUCGGCAACCGUCGGGGAUGUUGGGCUCAGUGCCAUGCGAGAAUCCACGCCUCCCAAGAAGAAGAGAGUGGAUCGGCAUGGACGUAGGCUAAUGGUGGCAACCUUGCUCGGGGUGGUGCUUGUGACCGCAGCUGUGGCAGCCUGGAGCUACUAUUCCACCUCACUGCGCAAGGCAGAUCUACUGAAGACCGAGCUGUUAGACCUCAACAAAGACGGCUUUGUCAUCCACAACCAAGCUGGAGCAGUCAUCUUCCAGAUGACUUUUAGAUCAGACUCUCUUGAUCUGGAUUCUUGCUUAAAAGAAGGCAGAGUUCUCACCUGCAGCCGAUCCAGUGCAGGGAGCCUGAAUUUCUUCAUUGAGACAGUGAAACCCAAGGACACCGUGAUGUGCUAUCGUGUGCGCUGGGAGGAGCUUGAAACUUCCCGUGCAGUAGAGCAUGCCAUGGCCUACCACGGGUCGCACUGGUACGGCGGAGGAGAGACCAGAUCCCAGCACUGGCCUAUUGUCUUUCAUGGAAGCCAGGAACCUGAGCCCUUCAUCACAGGUGAUGUUGGUUCAAAACAACGGGUCUUUGGGAACAUCUUGGAGCGUUAUUGGCUGUCUUCCAAUGCGACUGCUAUCAAAAUCAAUGACUCCGUCCCUUUCCAUCUUGGCUGGGAUGAGAACAGCAAGAUGAUGCGAUUCCAGGCACGGUAUGAAAACAGCCCGUACAAGGCCGAUUGUGGACGGCCUGUUCGUGCUGAGUUGAGCUAUCGUGUCUGCGUUGGCCAUGAUGUUGGUUCCAUACAUAAGUACAUGGUUCGUCGAUAUUUUAACAAGCCCAGUAAAGUGCCUUCUGAGGCCGCUUUUAGACAGCCGAUUUGGUCCACCUGGGCCUUUUUCAAGACAGCAGUGAACCAGGACAAGCUGCUGACAUAUGCAUCUGAAAUCCAGACCCAUGGCUUCAACUGGAGCCACCUAGAUCUAGAUGAUCAGUAUACCAGUGGCUAUGGGGAGUUUGAUUUUGAUCCAGUCAAGUUCCCCAAUGCAUCUCACAUGUUUAAGAAACUUGGGGAUGAUGGUUUUAAAUUCACCCUGUGGACACAUCCUUUUGUGAACUACAAUUCCACUAACUUUGGCACUGGAGUGGAGAGAGGGCUUUUUGUGCGAGAACCUAGUGGCGAAUUACCUGCCUUGAUCCGCUGGUGGAAUGGUAUUGGCAGCAUCCUGGACUUUACCAACCCAGAAACCCGUGACUGGUAUGCCUUGCACCUUCGUAAUCUAAAGAAUGAAUAUGGAAUAGCCUCCUUCAAGUUUGAUGCAGGAGAGACCAGCUACUUGCCCCAGCAGUUCAGCACCUUCGUGCCCCUUCAGGAUCCUAGCAUGUUCACGCGUCGCUACACAGAGAUGGCUAUACCCUUCAAUGACCGUGCCGAACUGCGCGCGGGGUACCAAUCCCAGAACAUCUCCUGCUUUUUCCGGAUCACCGACCGCAACUCGCUUUGGGGUUACGACCUGGGCCUCAAGUCCAUCAUUCCUACUGUGUUGACCGUUAGCAUUCUUGGCUACCAGUUUGUGCUCCCAGACGUGAUAGGCGGGAACGCUUACCCAGACUACACCGAUGGAGAGAAGGGUUUCCCGGACCGGGAGCUCUACAUCCGCUGGCUGGAACUGUCGGCAUUCAUGCCAGUUAUGCAGUUUUCAAUACCUCCAUGGGUCUACAACAAUGAGGUUGUGGAGAUCGCCAGGAAGUUUACAGCACUUCACGAGACCCUGGUGGCUCCUCGAGUACUUAAGCUCGCUGGGGAAGUGUUGAACACUGGCGAUCCUAUCAUUCGUCCUCUUUGGUGGAUUGCUACAGAUGAUGAGGCUGCCUACAAGAUUGACUCACAAUUCCUCAUUGGUGAUGAGCUUAUGGUAGCCCCGGUGCUCGAGCCAGGCAAACAGGAGAGAGAUAUUUACCUACCUGCUGGCAAGUGGAGGAGCUACAAGAGUGAACAUUUUGACAAAGGUCCCAUGCAUCUUACUGACUACCCAGUGGACUUGGAUGAGAUUGCCUACUUUGUGAGGUCAGCGUGAUGUGAUCAUAGAAGGGAAGUAUUUACCCACAAUAAAGAUACGUUGCCUAUAACAGUCCAUUGAAUAUUAGGCCGCCUUGUGUAAUUUUACCUCAUGUCUGUAUGCCUUGUUGCUUUAUGGAUAUGCUGAAAUGUGUCAGUCACGUAUUGUUAUGCAUAGGCUUUGAAGUGGAAUUGGGAGGUGGGAGAGUGGCAUUCAAAAAGAUGGAAAUAUCGGACUGUGACUGCGUGGGCUUUUGCCUAAAACAAUAUACUACAGUAUUGGGAAAUUCGUUAAAACAAACAAAGCAAAUAAGGAAGAUGGGAAAUAUAAUGGAGGUUAAAUUUGCCCAUCAUUGCAGAGUACGUAAGUGAACACUAGUCUUAACACUGGGUGAAGUAAACAAAUAUGAUGUAAUAUUAUAUAUUGGCAGCGUAUUAAUAUGACGACACAGAGAACAUUGUGAUAUUUUUCUUGUCACUUCACGUAGUAAUUCUCAAAAUGCCUUUCACUGUGAAACCCAAUCAUGGCACACAUUCAGUAUGCCAGUCAGGGACUGUUCUGUCUUAUGUAAACAAGUAUUUUUGUUGAAUUCAUAAUUCCUCCCAAACUCAUCACGUCAUUUUUAGAGCACCAUUUUUCAUUGUUGUGCAUCUAAUCUUUGGUUUGCUUGCUUUUGUAACAAUUUCAACUAAAAAAUUAAUAUUUAACUAAAGCCGUGAGGUUUGUUUUUUGUUCUUACUGCCCUUCAAGUGGCCCAGAAGCCUAAGAGAAAUAAUAUGCACACAUUGGUUUCUGUAUAUGUUGUUGAUUUUUUAAUGCUAUGAAUUUCAUCCUAGUCCAGGUUAUCCAAAGAGCAAGAAAAUCAAAUGCACUGUAAUGGCUUUUAAAUGUAAAAUGGUAAAGAGGAAUCCAAGGUGCCUUGUUGGUUUUUACAGAUUCUUAAUUGUAGGAUGUCAAAAUGUUGUCAUAAUGAGAUACCUCACACAAAAGCUAUAGAAUUUUAACAAAUUCCAUUUAUUGUUUAUUUGUAAUAAAUACAUUUACAAGAGAAAA